AACACAGCUCCAUGGAGAUGCAGUGAGUCCGUGUGGUGUAGACCAGAAACCAAAGUAAAGUAAACGGGGGAGGGUCGGCUACGGGGGGGUCUUUAAGCGAGUUACAAUGCGUCUUUCACGCCGUUGAACGGUCUCGGUGAACGAUGAGCCAACUUCGCCGGUCGUCUCGAAGCGGAAUGAGCCACUCUUGAGCCCCGAGAACGAGUCCUUAUUGGCGGGGGAGAGCGAGAAUGAAGAAGCCGAGCGCCCUGCUCCCUGUUGUCGGCUUGACUGGGAAAUGGUAGCGUACUGUAGGAACCGCACUGGGAAGGAACAUGGUCGAGAGGAGCAGCAAAUUCUUGUUGAUCGUCGUCGGAUCCGUGUGUUUCAUGCUGAUUCUCUAUCAGUACGUGGCCCCCGGGGUGAUCAAUUUCGGCUCCCCGCACGGUUAUUUCACGGAGGAAGACGAGGGGGACAUCUUCCCCACUCCGGACCCCCACUACGUUAAGAAAUACUACUUCCCCGUCAGGGACCUGGAGAGGACGAUCGAUUUCCAAAUCAAAGGGGAGGACGUGAUCGUGUUUUUGCACAUCCAGAAGACCGGGGGGACUACCUUCGGCAGGCACCUGGUCCAGAAUGUCCGUCUGGAGGUCCCCUGCGACUGCAGACCGGGCCAGAAGAAGUGUACCUGCUACCGGCCGAACCGCAAGGAGACCUGGCUCUUCUCCCGGUUCUCCACCGGCUGGAGCUGCGGCUUGCACGCCGACUGGACCGAGCUCACCAACUGUGUGCCGGGGGUCCUCAACAAGAAGGAGAACAAGCAGAAGAAUCAAAGGAAGUUCUACUACAUCACUCUGCUGAGGGACCCUGUGUCUCGAUACCUCAGCGAGUGGAGACAUGUGCAACGGGGAGCCACGUGGAAAACCUCCCUGCACAUGUGCGAUGGACGGACCCCGACGCCCGAGGAGCUGCCCUCCUGCUACGAGGGCUCCGACUGGUCGGGGUGCACCCUGCAGCAGUUCAUGGACUGUCCCUACAACCUGGCCAACAACAGACAGGUUCGUAUGCUGGCAGACCUGAGCCUCGUCGGCUGCUACAACAUGUCCACGGUCCCAGAGAAGAAGAGGGCCCAGCUUCUCCUGGAGUCGGCCAAGAAGAACCUGCGAGACAUGGCCUUCUUUGGUCUGACGGAGUACCAGAGGAAAACCCAGUUCCUGUUUGAGCGAACCUUCAGGCUGCGCUUCAUCAGGCCCUUCAUGCAGUACAACAGCACCCGGGCCGCAGGGGUGGACCUGGACAAUGCUACGGUCCAGCGUAUAGAAGAGUUGAACGAGCUAGACAUGGAGCUGUACGACUACGCCAAGGACCUGUUCCAGCAGCGCUACCAGUACACCAGACAGCAGGAGAGGCGGCAGCAGCGCAUCAAGAACCACAUGCAGCAGAGCCACCAGGGCCUGGGUCUGGGCGUCAGCCUGUGGCCCUCCCGCAGCCGGCAGAGCUCGGUGUCGACACUGGAGGAGGGAGAAGUGGAGAGGGAGGAGCGGGAGGAAGGUGAAGAGGGAGGCAGAACGGAGGAGGCGGGCAGCAGGCUCCCCACUGAGGACUACAUGAACCAGAUCAUCAACCGCUGGUAGCAGCAGAAUGAGAACAAAUACACAGACAUGCAUACGUAAUGUGAAAAUGCACAUACACAUACAUACACAUGCACACAAACGAACACACACACACACACACACUCUUACAUACAAGUAGCGCCUGCAUCAAAGACCCAAAUGACUGACAAACAGACUUUACCGCAGAGUUGGGCUACGGGAAUGAGAGUCCAAGUGGUUGCUAUGGAGACCAGGGCUUGGUCGAUUGCAUCAGCUCAUGUUAUUGAGGUUUGCCCAGUUGUUAUUAGCACCCGCUUGCCCUUUCCCCCCCUCUGAGUUACUCUGUCUCUCUCAUCAUCAUUACUGACUGAGCAGAAGAGAGAUAUUUUUAAGAGUUGCUGACAACUGAGUAUCUCAUCCAUCUCUCCCGCCUCCACUCCUCCUCCUCCUCCUCCUGUAUUCCUCUCGUUCUCUGUGGCCUGAUAUGGAGCAUGAGAAAAUAAAAUUAAGUCUGUGAAUUCCCGCUAAUCCUUGCUAAGGACCAGUCUACUUCCUGGCUGCUCCACUUUCAGAGGAACUGGGAAAGCUAUGAAAGUAUGCGAAUGGCUGAGCUGAACAAAGAAAAUGGUGGGAAUCGAGAGAGAAUGUACUGGAAAGAAGGAAGACGGACUGAGUUGUGUAAUAAAGCUUUCUGCUUAAAAAAAAAAAAAAAAAAAAAAAAAAAUCAACCAUUUCACCCAUGAACACGCUUUGGUCAUGAAAUAGUGACAGUCUCAUUCUCAUUUUAGGAUGAAUUCAUUUGUAUUUUCCUUUUGUGUUUAUGCUUUUUUAAAAGCAGAAUUGUAAUAACACUGAGACCAAUAUUGCUGCCUAAAGAAAAGUGAUUCCUUUAUUUCUUUAUUUUUGUUUGUUUUAUAAGUCAAAGCUAAUGGAUUGGAUUGACGUACAAUGGACCAUAGCCAUUACUGAAGCCUUGCAUCUUGGGGGCAAAAAGUGGCCUGUUUCUCUGUUAAAGGUUCCCAAAGCUCCUGUCGCUUAAUGAGUUCAUUAUUUCUCCUUUUCUCUCCUUUUUUUUUGUGUGUCUCAGUCCUGCAGAGAAUGACAGCCAAUUACAGACCCCAGUCUCACAUAGGUGUGAGGAAAUCAAAGGCAGGGAAAGGAGGGAGAGGAGAGAGUCUGCUGCAGGUUGUUGCCAGGAACCGUGCUGUGUGAGCGGCAAGCGCUUUGGAAGCCUUAACUCAGACAAAUGCUUGAGAUGGGAGUUGUGGAACUACUGGUCACCAUGGCAAUGUGGGCCCUUAAUGUAGUGGGUGGCAUUUUCAGUUUCUGUCUUUUUUUUUUUUUUUUUUUUU